UUUAACGAAUUCUUUUAUUGAAAUGAAGCGACUGGCACGACCGCUCACUUUGCAAAUUUGAUAUACGAAUUGAGGUUUUUAUUUGUCAUUGAACAUGCUAUCUUUUUUGGAAAUCGUAAAGGCAAAUUUGUAGAUUGUGAAAUAUCGGCACAGUCAUCAUUAUAAGAAUAUACAAAAGCGAAAGUAGCUGCGAGACAGGAUUGUAGGUUUAGUCUAAUGCGCAUAAUGUGGUGAAGAUAGAGACAAUGGCGCCACAAGACACCAAAUUUUACGUUCAGAGUAAGCAGAAUGCAUUACAGAUACCGGAUGUUAAAACGGCCAUGGAAGUGUUUAAGCUUCUGGGAGUUAACGCCAAGGGGCUUGGUAUCAAAAAUAAAGAUGACGCCAUCAGGAUCAUCAUACAAGAGCUUGACAAGGGCGUGUCUAUAUCAGAAAUCAAACAGAAAGAGCCAGCAAAGGGAUUAAAGAAGGCUAUAGAAGAUGACAAUGUUAACAAGCAGAAACUGAUCGUCAAAUAUGAUGCAGCACAAAAGCUGUUCGGUGAACUGCCGCCUAAAUACAAGAAGGAUUUGAACCAAGUUUUUCCAGGAAUAGAAAAUGAAUUUGAGGCAAGGAAAAACGAGAUUAAGAGAAGCGAGUGUACCAUUCUUGUUGUUGGGGAGACAGCAUCAGGGAAGAGUAGUCUUAUCAACCUGUUGCUAGGUGGCAUCGACCUGUUGCCAACCAGUCAACUCGGCUGUACAACUACAAUAUGUGAAAUAAGAACAAAUAAGGAUGGACGGAAAGAAGCAAUAGGCUAUUAUAGAUCGGCAAUAUCAGAGGACAAUAGGAAAGGCAAGAAGCCAUCUCCAGUUAUGUUUGACUUGAGAUCAGAGUCUGGUCUACUUAAGUUCCAAACCGCUCUUUCUCAGAGUGACGAUGAUGGCGACUCACCAUUUGAGAGAUUUGAAGUAACCUGGCCAUUUCAAAUGCUUGAGGAAGGGAUAGUAAUUGUGGACACCCCUGGAAUAGGUGGCGGCGGAAACAUGGCCAAAUAUGCCGAGAAAUACUUGUCCAAGUCGUACGGCUUUAUCUAUGUCAUUAACAGUGCCAACGCUGGAGGGGUCCAAAAAGGAAGGCUCCAAAAUUUCAUGCGAUUGGUAACAAACAGCGCAGGUGAAGAGGGAUACAAUGCUGAGUCGACAAUGUUUGUGUGUAACAGAUGGGAUAUGGUACCUGACAAAGACAAAGAAGCUGUCAAACGUGAUACUUGUGAAAAAUUGUCACGUUUUUAUACUGAUCUGAAACGUUCUCAAGUUCAUUACAUGUCAAUGUUAGAGGCAAAGAGAGGGUUGGGAUAUGGAACUAUGACAAAGGAAUAUAUACAGCUUAUGGACCUUGUGGAGCAAUUAUUGCCAGAUAGUCUAAGAUCUAGAUUAAAUACUCAUUAUAGGUGGCUAACAGCUGUGCUUAAACGAACAAUCUACUCCCUGAAAGUUUCAAAAGUUAUGGCUGCAAAAUCAAUGGAAAAGGUCAAAGAAGAACUUCAACAGAUAAAGCAGCAAAUCUCUGCGUUAGAAUCAAAAUCAAAAGAAAGCAUAUCUUACCUCAAGGGCACUAUUACGCACGAGUCGGAAAUGGUAUCAAAAACAGUAAUUGACGCCUUGCAAUCACGAGAGUUGGCGGAGCGAUUGUUCAACUGGAAACCAAGUGAAUGCCCAAGGGAUGGGAAGAGGGUUGCAGCAGACGCAUUGGAUGCUAUUGCAAACAAAAUAGCAUUAGAAAUGAACUUCUGGGAGAGAGAAAAUAAAGUAGUUGGUGGCAUCAAGGAUAAAAUUAUAAGGGUUUGUAAACGGGACUUUGAACUCAUGGAAAAUCAGAUAGCUAAGUUAGAAGGUGCACUUCUGGAUGGAGAUAUGAAAACAGUGCAAGAUCUUCACAAAUCAAUCAAAAAGCAGGCACCUCCGAAUAAAAUUUGGAGAAAGGCAAAGGAAGCCAGUAUUGAUGAGGAUUCUGGAAGUUUUAAAGGUCUUGGAGGCGCAAUUUCCUCUGUAUGUUCUCUAAAAUCGGGGGACAAACCUAUCAAAAAAAUAUUUUCUGAUUAUAAGUCAAAAGAUCAACAAAAAACCGUUUGUAAAAUGCAAGAUGCAACGAAAGCGGUGCUGGACAAUAUAACUCAGAGCAAACAUCUGUUUACUAAAGUCCACGCCUUUUUCAAGAGAUUUAUUAAAGGCAUUGACACAGUGGCGAAAAUGAUACCUGACUUUUUAAAAGCAGAUCUAGAAUUAAUGGAAAUGCUGCGAGAUGAAAUGAACGAUACUGAAGCUAAUUUGAAAGACCUAUUUCCAAAACUAUUAUAUACAAGCCAUACUCUUCUGGGCCAGCUUGACUUGUUCUAUGUCAACUACGUGAUGGUGUUCGAUUUUCAAUUGGAAGAUUUAAAAUGGGAUGGUAAUGAUCCGCCUAUCGGUAGUGGGAGUUUUGCAGAUGUUUACAUUGCAGAAAUGAAAACAACGAGACGCGGUAAUCUACCUGUUGCUUUGAAAGUAAACAGAGAUCCAGUGAAAGAGAACACUGUAUCAGAUAUACUCCUUGAAGACAGAACGAUGAGAGAGCUAGAACAUCGAAAUGUCAUCAAGUAUUAUGGGGCCUGCUAUAGAUUUAGAGAUGCCAAACGCAAAAAAGAUAUGCAGUGGAUUAUGAUAAUGGAAGUUUGCAAGUGCACUCUUAAACAGAAGUUUAUAGGUGUGGACGUCAACAAUCCUGGGAAACUACAACCGGGACUCGCUCAACAGAAAGAAGCGAUAAAGAUGUAUGAUUUUGCGCUGCAAAUCUGUUCUGGAUUGAAAUACCUGCAUGAAAAGGGAUUCGUUCACAGAGACCUGAAAUUGGAGAAUGUUUUGGUCACGGAAAAUGAUGAAGUAAAAUUGACGGACGUCGGGCUGGCGAAACAGGGGCAAGACAUAGCAUUCAGUAUGGUAGGAAGUCCAGUGUACAUGGCACCGGAAGUUCUUUUACAAUCACAAAACUAUGACCACAAGGCUGAUAUAUACAGUAUUUCUAUCAUGCUAUGGGAGAUGUGGUACGGAAAGGAUGCGGCAGACUACAUCCAACAACAAUUGUUCGGACCACUAGAUAAAGCUAUAAAGGAGGGACUGCGACCAUCCCUCAAACUUAAUUGUAAGUCUCCACCAGCUGUAGCUCACAUUAUAGAAGCGUCAUGGAGUUACGAACCAGAAAAAAGACCAGAUGCUGAAUUUCUUUGCAAGUUCUUUAGUGAAUUAUUGCGUGAUAUGCAAAAGUAGAAUGGAUAAUAAUAAACCGCAUUGUAUUAUUAUUGACAUUUUUUAGUUAUUUUUUUAUUUUAUUUUUUGUUGUUUAUUAUUUUAGACAUACAGAUUAAUACUCGUGAUUUAUAUAGCAUUUAUUAAACCGUUGUGUAUUUCAUAGGAUGACUUUGAACGUCACAAUGCAUAUAAAUUAAUAUGAUAUGAUAUUCAAUCAAUGUAGCAACAUUUUUAUUAUGUAAAUUUCCUAUUUGAAACAGAAGAUGUGAUUUUAUAUUUAGAUAUGAUUCUCCAUUUGUGUCUUUAUUGUUUUCAGUGUAAGCACAUCAAACAGAUGCUUAAACUUAUCAUUAAAAACAAUAUUAACGUCAACAAUUAACAUGUGUUUAAUUCAUUUAAUUGCAUCGGCUUUUAAACGAGCACUUUAUUGGAAAUGUGUAAGUAAACAUUAGCUAAUAUCGACCAACUAUGUUCUUAUUAAAAUUGCUUUAUAGAGUGUUCCUUCAAUAUUUAGCAAUUUGACGUGAUCUGUUUUGGAACACGUGGAUUUGAAUAAUGAUAAAACAUUUGUUUUUUAUAUUUGGAAAGCAAUAACUAUUGGAAGUGUGGUCAAGAAAUUUCACUUGAGGAACAAGGUUGCUCAUGUUGUCAAGGUUUUCCUAAUUUUGAAGCUAUCUUGUUCGUUUAAUACAAUUGCUUAUACACACAUGUAUGGAGAGGCACCCUGGACGACUCUCUACAUCACUUUAAGCUUAGACAUAUAAAUAAAAUUGUGUCUGUGUAGAGUAAACUGUUCAGAAAAUGAUAUCCCAGUUCGAUAAUAAUAAUAAUAAUAAUAAUAAUUAUAAUAAUAAUAAUGAUAAUAAUAAUAAUAAUAAUGAUGAUGAUGAUGAUGAUGAUGAUGAUGAUGAUGGCAAUAACUGAGAUAUCUUAAUUGUUUUAUAAAAACAAUGGUAAAAAGGAAAUAAUUACUGACAUAACAUGCACAGAGUUCCUUACUAAAAUAUUAUUUUAUUUUGUAUAAAUAUUGAGUAUUUUGAUUACUUACUACUGUUUAAAUGUGGAAAUGCUAAGUCAGCAUUUUAAUUGUUGCUGCGACAGUCAGACAAGGUUUUUGUUGCACGUAUUCGUCAAUUACAUAAUUACAAGUCGAUUAUCUGGACAUUGAUUUUGUUAUCUAGAAAUCAAACCUUAGCAGAAAUCAAGGCAUCUAAUUGGUUUGUCGUUUAAUAGACAAAUUAAAAGAUUUCUUCAUAAUAGGUUUUGUUAUCAAUACAAUGCUUUAAAACUUUUAUUUCUAUAACAUUUUUUAAGUUAACUGUGUAUACUGUGUUUCAUCAUAACAUACCGGUAAUGUGUGCACGUUUGUGCGUGUGUGCGUGUGUGUGUGUAGUUUUAAUCAUAUCUUUUGUGAUCUAUCCGAUUAAAGGGAGACAACAAAUAAAAUUGCACUAUAAUUCAUUAUCAAUUUAGAUGAAAAUGUUUGUCUUAAUUUAAGAUUAAGGAUACACAUAUUCUAGAUAGCUGAACUAAUGAUUCUGAAAUGCUUGUUUUUAUAUCUUCAUUUAAUGAAAAUAAAUGAAAGAGGUUAAAAAGUUAUAUUUUUUAUAUUUUAUACAAAUGCAAAUCAAUAAUGGUAUGUUGUACAGUUAGGGUUACGUUGGAUAAAUAUCGAAUUCAUGGCAACACAAGUUUACAGAUAUCCACUAAGCAUAAAACUUCGUAGCUUCUUACAUUCCUGUCAAUGAAAGAGAGCAAAACCAGGUCUAAAUGAGAUAUGGUCAUGAUAGAAACAAUGAAAAUAUGUGUGACAUUUUCAGAAUCACGUUCACAAGCAUAGGCUGUUGUGAUCAAUAUUCAUGUUUUAUACUAUUUUCAUUAACCACUUUUCCUUAAAGAUAAUUAUUGACUGUUUAUAUAUAAUAUCAAGCUGAGAGAAAAUAAAAUGUGCUUUAUAGGUCAUGGAAUGUCUCGACAAAUUUAUCAGUUACAUAAGAAUAAUAAAACAACAUAUGUAAUGUACAAUGUAUAUAGAACAAGUUUCUUGUCACCGAAUUAUGGAAACAUUUCAAUUGUCACCAAAUCUGCAUUAAAUAUAUAUUUGUAUACACAGCAAGAGACAAUGGUAAAAUAUUAGGAUUAAAAGAAAAGAUUGUUUUUCCAAAAGUAAGAAGAAAACACAUACAUUGUAUCAAAUUAUAGAUGUUUAAUGGCGCAAUAAAAACAUAUUGAAUGAAAAUA